UUCUCUCCUCCGAUUCAAGUCCGCGUUCAUCUCCUCUCUCUGUCUAAUUUCCACUGUCGUUGCAGAGGUCAAAUAUUUGGCUGUUUUUUUUUCCCUCCUUUUGCUUUCUCUCCUCCCUUCUUCCUCGCCGUGUUUCUCGAUCGGUUGUUCAUUUUUCUCUCUAUCAAUCUUUCACUCUCUAUCGCACUUGUGGCGCUUCCAAUUCGAAGGUGAGAGCUGUCGGCCAUGGACGGAGGUGCUCCCUACAAUCCACGUACUGUGGAAGAGGUGUUCAUGGAUUUCAAGGGCCGGAGAGCUGGUUUAAUUAAGGCUCUCACUACUGAUGUUGAAGAGUUCUACCAGCAAUGUGAUCCUGAGAAAGAAAAUCUCUGCCUUUACGGGUUUCCUAGUGAGCAAUGGGAAGUCAAUUUACCUGCCGAAGAGGUGCCUCCAGAGCUUCCAGAACCUGCGCUGGGCAUAAAUUUUGCUAGAGACGGGAUGCAAGAAAAAGACUGGCUAUCCUUGGUUGCUGUGCAUAGUGAUGUUUGGCUGCUUUCUGUGGCAUUUUAUUUUGGAGCUAGGUUUGGAUUUGAUAAGACAGAUAGGAAGCGUCUAUUUAAUAUGAUAAAUGAUCUUCCAACAAUAUUUGAAGUUGUGACAGGGACAGCCAAAAAACAAGUUAAGGAUAAAUCAUCAGUUUCAAAUCAUAGCAGUAAUAAAUCUAAAUCAAAUCCAAAGCGGAGUUCCGAACCUCAAAUAAAAAGUACGAAGGCAGUUCAAUCAAAAGAUGAGGAUGAGGAAGGUUUGGAUGAGGAAGACGAGGAAGAACACGGUGAAACACUUUGUGGAGCUUGUGGAGAGAAUUAUGCAUCAGAUGAGUUCUGGAUUUGCUGUGACAUAUGUGAGAAGUGGUUCCAUGGGAAAUGUGUAAAGAUCACUCCGGCAAGGGCAGAGCAUAUUAAGCAGUAUAAAUGUCCAUCUUGCAGCAACAAAAGAAUCCGACCCUGAUGUUGUUUAAUUGUUAGCACCACCAACUUCCCCUGCCUCCCAAAACCAAAGCAAAAAGAGAAAACAAAAGGAAAAAGAACCAAGAGAUGUCAAAGGGUUCUGCUUAGGAUCUCAGCUUAGACGGCUAAUUGUGUAUUAGGAUUAGUUUAAACUUUACAUUAGGACACUAUACAUUCUAUGUGUAUUUGUGGACAGAAUCCUUUUUGCUCAAGUAUUGUAUGAACUAUAUGUAUUUUGUAUGUGCUAUAAUGUGUUCUUGUCAAGGCUUAUAUUUGACAGAUGCCUUGCUCUAUUGUA